UGUGUUGCAGUCGGGGCUGCUGCUGUGCUCCUUCUCUGGAAACAGCUGGCUGAGCAAGAGACGCGUGUCGAGAUCUGAAGAAGAAGAAGCUUCUCAUGUGGACGAGGGGAACGGAAGAGACACACCUGUAGGAUGCAAAGUGAUGGUUGUGAUGUUGGGACGUCUUUUUUUGUCUCACAUUGAGUUUUGAGAGGCGGACACUUAAGGUUUGAGUCAGUAGCUGAUCGAGGGAGAGAGGAGUCGAGCGAGAAGAUAACGUGGGAAAAGGAAGUUGACAGUGGACCUAUUCAGGAUGAUCUUGGGAAGUGUAAACCGACCGGGGCCGGUCCCUGCCUUCCUCAGGAGCCCAUCUCUAUUCCCAACCCCGCUGGACAUGAAGCACUUCCUCCAGUUCCCCAUGGAGUCGCCUCACCCUGCCAGCAUCGGCCUCUUCCGCAACUUUAAUACAAUGGACCCCGUCCAGAAAGCUGUGAUGACACACACCUUCGGGCCCCCUAUGGUGAAGACAAAGCGGCCAAUCAUCUCCUGCAACGUUUGUCAAAUACGCUUCAACUCAGAGAACCAGGCAGAGGCCCACUACAAGGGAAACCGGCAUGCUCGGAGGGUGAAGGGGAUCGAAACCUCCAAGACAGGUCGUCUCCAAGAUGGCGACAAGCAGCACCCUCCCUCUACUGCUUCGCCCUCCCCACCAGGCCGCUCGCCAUCUAGCCCGGAGCCUGAUCCUAAUAAGCAGGAAGACACCCAAUCCUGUCCCAACUUUAACAAGUCACCUUUGACCCCUAGCCACCUUCCUACACCCACACUGAGCUCAGAUGCAGAGUGUCCCUUCUUGCCUUCUGUCAGCACACCUUUGCCAUCCUCUCCCUCCCCCUCCGCGGUCCUCAUUACCCCCCCUGCAGACCCAGCAGCGGCUGGUCUUCCUGACACCUCGUCCCCAGCACCCAGCCCUUCUUCAGGAAAUACAGAGGAAGAGAAAGCAAAGAAGCUUCUCUACUGUACCCUGUGCAAAGUAGCUGUGAAUUCCCUCUCACAACUGGAGGCACAUAACAAAGGUACCAAACACAAAACCAUUCAGGAGGCUCGGAGUGGACUGGGUCCUAUUAAAGCGUACCCACGUCUGGUUCCUAAACCCAGCCUAGAGCAGGGAGGGGAGCUGUCUUCUGACCCCAACACUCAGGAACGCACCUUCCACUGUGAGAUCUGCAACGUCAGAGUCCACUCAGAACUGCAGCUUAAACAGCAUAUAUCUAGCCGGAGGCAUCGGGAUGGAAUUGCGGGGAAACCCAAUCCUCUUCUCAAUCGGCACAAGAAGCGCACAGACUUUAUGGAACUUCCAAAAACUCUUGGGGCCGGACUUUUACCAAAUCCCCUGGCUGUUGUCGCAGCGAUGGCAGCCGCAGCCUCCUCUAAUCACCUGGCACUACGUCCUCCUUGCCCGACCUCCCACCAUCAUCCCCAUCACCACCUCUUACAGGGCACACCCCUCAGCCUGUUGAGGCCCGCCCCAGGCCCCAUGCGCACCGCGCAUGGGCCAAUCCUCUUCACUCCUUACUGACGGUGAGAGAAUGAGGACGAAUCAGGAAGAAGCACACUGUGAAGUGGAGGCCUGCAACCCUGUGCCAUCAAGAGCCAACUCAGAUGCUGUGGCUCCAGCUGCUGUUUCAUUAAACAGUGGACAUAAAUAUGACUCUUAAUGGUGCAUACUCUGGUUGCAGACCGCUGCUGUUGCGCUAACAGGGAGAACCAGAGAUAACUGACGAAUCACAGACAUUUCAAAGAGUCUGUAUGUUUCCAUCUCCCCAGUUUCCCUUCAUCACUCAACUAUCUGCCAAUCAUCAAGUAGACAGGAUAGUUUGAAGAGGAACUUAUAAACAAGUUUUUAUCAAGCAUGGACCUCUUUGACCAUCCUUCAAAUCUGCAACUGAAUAAUUAUCUUCAUCUAACAUAUGAUCCACUGUAUCUGACUCAAAACCCUACCUCUCUUAUGUUUUUAUUGUUGAUCUCUGCUAGGCUCCAUCACAUAUCCAAAGCAUCAACGUUAACAAAAACACGCCCGCUGGGUUAGAUAUAGUAGUUGCCUCAGAUGUUAGCUGGUAUCAUAAUGUAGCUGUCACAGUAUAAUGGAAUAUACCACUGUAAAGUUCUGUUUUUGUGGCCCAUUAAGACAAACAAGGUACCAACAAUUUCCGUACCGUUUCUGCAGUAACUGGUAAACAUUCUCUGUAGUGUAUGUCUACAUUUCACAGCUUGUCUAAAUGCUCUAUAUUUUCCUCUGUGGGACAGAAACAGGAAGUCAAAGAGGAACAGAAAAAGGGUAGAAAUUACACGAUGUCCUAAAAUUAUAAUGAUGUAAACGUCAACCCAAUCAGUUUGACAAAGGUAGACUUGUUGUGAAAAGGUGCACUAUGCAGCUAUCAGUGUCAGUGUAAAAUUCAGUAAGAAAACAAACGAGAGGGUAAACCUAUGCUGUUAGUUUCUUUAGCUAAAGCAAAAAUGUAACCGUCUCCAGAUAAAUAGUUCCCCUGAUGAUUCCCCAGAUUCUCCCUGAAUGGCCACUGACAACAACCAUGUGCAUUAAGUCCCACAAAGCACAUACGUUAAACUCUGUGUUGAAAAGUUUCCAUGUAAAUGGCUUGAAUACAUUUAAAAUGACUGUCUAUUAUUUUAUAUUAUUCAUCUGCACCUCACUGCGCAACACAGAAAGGUUUCAGUGUCUUAAUUAAAUAGUUUCAACACUGUGAGCACAGCAGGACAAUUGUUGAUACAUGACUUUAGUAGCAGGUCUUUGCAUUAUGUGCACAUUUAAUUUUUUGACCACAAUCCCAUGCAAGGCGUGUGGAAAACAGUGGGACAGAAUGACACCACAAAUAUGUUACAGAAGGAAAAGGACCACAUACACAGAUGAGUAGUUGUAUGCAAAAAACAACACAGCAUUUUGGGUAGUAUUAUAGGCUCGUAGUGGGAUAAAAAUGUUUUGUUUGUCUGCUCUGCCUCGUGUGCUCCGACUCUACAUGACUCGAUCUAUCCCUGUGAAACUGUCAUGAUGGCUUGUGAAACAUUAGAGAGCAGUUUUAGGAAAUGGAAACUGUAGCAAUACUUUAGGCACUCCUGCUAACUUUUCUUGUUAACUGCAAUAAAAAGAUAAUUGUCUACAAAUGUAUGAAUUGUUAUUUAGGAGAAAUGUAUUGAAAUAUUACUGUAACUGUAGAUUAUUUAAGAAAUGAGAAAAAAGGUACAUGUUAGGGCUUCCUAUUUGUUAACUUAAAACAAAAUUAUAUAUAAAAUUAUUAAGUAUUAUUGUAAGCAAUGUUGAUUGGUGAUUUUCUUUCUUUCUUUUUUUUCAAAUGUAAUGAGAUACAACAAUAACAAUAAAUCACAAAUGCAA